UUGGGGUGCAGCAGCAUUUCAGGUUUCAGACAUGCCGAGGAGCACCCUGCUGUGCGCGGUGCUCUCGCUGCCGUGCGCGGUGCUCGCGCUCCUGCACGCCCAGCCCUUCCCCUGCCCGCCCGCCUGCAAGUGUCUGUUCCGGGACACCGCGCAGUGCUCCGGGGGCAACGUGGCGCGCGUUGCCGCCCUUGGCCUGCCCACCAACCUCACGCACCUCCUGCUUUUCCAAAUGGGCCAAGGCACCUUGCAGAACCACAGCUUCAGGGGCAUGACGGUCCUACAGCGCCUGAUACUGUCAGACAGCAACAUUUCCGCCAUCGCCCCCGGCGUCUUCAACGACCUGAUAAAACUUAAAACGCUGAGGUUGUCGCGCGACAAGAUCACUCAUCUUCCAGGUGCGCUCUUGAAUAAGAUGGUGCUGCUGGAACAGUUGUUUUUGAAUCACAAUGCGCUGAAGAUCAUUGACCAAACCAUGUUUCAAAAACUGGUUAACCUGCAGGAGCUCUCUUUAAAACACAAUCAACUCGUUUUCCUUCCUGCUAGGCUCUUCACACCUCUGGGGAACCUGAGAUUGUUGGAUUUAUCGGAAAACAAUUUGACUUACCUGCCCAAGGGAUUGCUUGGGGCACAGGUUAAGCUUGAGAGACUUCUGCUCCACUCGAACCGGCUCAUCUCUCUGGAUUCGGGGCUACUGGAUAGCCUGCGCUGCCUGAUGGAGCUGCGGCUCGACAGAAACCACCUCCGUUCCAUCGCUCCAGGGGCCUUCGACCGGCUCCACAACCUGAGCAGUUUGACUGUUUCCAGAAACCAGCUCGAGUUCCUGCCCACCGCGCUCUUUCUCCAUUUGCACAAUUUGACCUUCUUGACCCUGUUCGAGAACCCGCUGGAAGAGCUCCCGGAGGUGCUCUUCGGGGAGAUGGAGGGCCUGCAGCAGCUGUGGCUAAAUGGCACCCAGCUGCGCACCCUGCCCGCGGCAGUCUUCAGCAACUUGAGCCGCUUGUCUGCGUUAGGGGUGACCCUGAGCCCGCGUCUGAGCGCGCUCCCAGGGGGCGCCUUCCGCGGCCUCGGCAACCUCCGGGUGCUCGCUUUGCACUCCAAUGGCCUGGCUUCUCUCCCCGACGGCCUGCUGCGAGGCCUCGGCGAGUUGCGCCAAGUGUCGCUGCGCCACAACAAGCUGCGGGCCCUGCCCCGCGCGCUCUUUCGCGACCUUCGCAGCCUGACGGAGGUCCAGCUUGACCAUAACCAGCUGGAGACCAUGCCUGGUGAUGUGUUUGGAUCUCUGCCCCGACUGGAGGAGGUCUCUUUGGGGCACAAUCCCUGGCGCUGCGACUGUAGCCUGCGGCCGUUUCUGGCAUGGCUACGACAGCACCCGGGCCUCCUGGGCAGAGCCGAGCCCCUGAAGUGCCACGGCCCUGGGCCGCGCGCUGGCCUGCCCCUCCAGGAGCUGCAGGACAGUGACCUGGAGUGCCCGAGCACCCUGGGUGGGUCUCCCCACCCUCCAUCCCCGACCCGGCCGGCCCUGCAGGUGGCCCUCGGCCCCCCAUAUUUGGUGCCCAAUAGCUCAGAACCCUGGGCAUUGGCCCAGCCUGUAGCCGAGGGAAAGGGCCAAGACAAUAGCCUGUUCUGGGGUCUUUAUUUUCUGCUUUUAGCUGCUCAGGCCGUAGUAACUGGGGUCAUUGUGUUUGCUAUGAUUAAACUCGGCCGGCUCUUUCCAAAAUUAAUCAGAGAGAAAGUUCUUGGUUGAGUCAAUAAAAAAAAAACCCUCCACUUAAUUAAAACAUGACCAGAAUAUUGUUAGAUGUGGUUCUGGGAGAAUCCAGACAGGCUGUCUCUGUCUUCCUUUCUCAUCUCCCUGUGGCCCUCUCCUCUCCCCCAUAUCCCGCCUCUCUGCCUCCUCCUCCUACGUCCCUUUUCGCAGAAUAACCUUUACAUUUGUAAAUUGUGACUGCUUGCUUUACUUUAUCCUUCCUUCCUCUCUGUGGUCCUGGGGAUGUGGAUUGUGUUUACCUCAUCCUUGUGACUUUGUGCCCAGUUGGAGAGAGGGGUCUCUUCAACGUUUCUGAGGAAGGGUGAAGAUGAGCCAGCCAGU